GAAGAAGAAGAAGCAGCAGCAGCAGAGGCAGCAGUAGGGUGACGACGAUUUAGUUUUGGGAGGGUUCCUCUCGGCGCGACACGGUCAGUAACCAUGGCUGAUGGGAUACCAGAGGAGGUGUUGAUGAAUGCUGGCCUGAUAGAAAACUUGUCAGACUUGGCUAAAGACACAGCUCUUCUACAUGGCGUUUUGAUGCGGACUAAAGAGACCCCCAAGUCAUCUGAGAUUGUGACCUACGCUCCGUUCACGCUGUUCCCCUCGGCCGUGCCCAGAGCUGUAUUCCAGCAGGCUUUGGCGGUGCAAACUCACUACAACCUGCUAGUGGACAGGAUCAGCCAGGACCCUGUUUUUCUAGAGGAGGCUCUUGCUAGCACCAUUGCAGUGGAUGAUUUCACCAGGAGGCUCUUCAGUAUCUAUCGCCAGGUGCUGGAAGAAGGAAAGUCUCAGUUGAUUGUGUUGGGCCUGAACCGGUCCGACUACAUGCUGGACCAGAGAGAGGAUGGGAUGUCUUCGCUGAAGCAGAUUGAGAUCAACACCAUUGCUGCCAGUUUCGGAGGUCUCGCCUCACGCACACCAGACAUCCAUCGACACAUCCUAAAGGUGGCUGGUAGGCUGGAGGAGAGCCAGCGUGUCCUGGACAAUAACCCUGCGGCAGGGCUGGCCAGGGGGCUGGCCAAGGCCUGGGAGCUCCAUGGAUCAGAGAAAGCAGUCGUCAUGUUCAUGAUCGACGAGGUGGAAAGAAACAUUUUUGACCAUCGAUAUGUUGAGAAUGAGCUGUGGAAGAGAAAUAUUCGGACAAUAAGGCGGCGUUUCGAAGACGUGUGUAAGACUGGAUCCCUCGAUCAGGGCAAGAGAUUAUUUGUAGAUGGCCAGGAGGUUGCCGUGGUGUAUUUCAGGAAUGGCUACAUGCCUCAGCACUACAACUCUGAACAGAUUUGGGAGGCUCGUUUGAUGAUGGAGCGUUCUAUGGCUGUGAAGUGUCCAGACAUUGCAACCCACCUGGCUGGAACCAAAAAAGUGCAACAGGAACUGGCCAGACCUGGAGUUUUGGAGAGGUUUUUUCCUGAUGAACCUAAGGUGGUGGACCAGAUCAGAGCCACUUUUGCUGGACUCUACACUCUGGACAUGGGCCCUGAGGGUGACAAAACGGUGGCGAUGGCUCUGGAUAAACCAGACAGGUUUGUCCUGAAGCCCCAGAGGGAGGGAGGAGGUAACAACAUCUAUGGGUCCGAGAUCUGCCAGGUUCUCGAGGCAGCGAAGGGAAGCUUAGAGAGGACGGCUUAUAUUCUGAUGGACAAGAUCCAGCCCAGGCCUGUGCUCAACUACCUGCUGAGACGGGACGCCGUGCUCCGGCUCAGCAGCUGCAUCAGCGAGCUGGGGAUGUUCGGUGUUUACGUCAGGCAGGGUUCGGACAUGGUGACGAACGAGUGCGUGGGCCAUCUGCUGAGGACCAAGAGUUCGGAGGACUCGGACGGAGGUGUGGCGGCAGGAGUGGCCGUGCUGGACAACCCCCUCAUCAUCUGAAAAAAAAAACCCACCACCACCCGCUGGACUCUGCACCUGCACGAAAUCCCAACACGUUGCUUCGAUACCGGGACGAGUCGAAACCAAAAAAAACAAACCUACUGAGCGAAUGCGAGGGUCCCUCGGGUGCUGAUAGGGGGCAAAUGGAUGGGGUGAGAGGUGGCGGGAUGGACACACACAUAGCUUAGUAGAAGGCGAUCGUAUUUGCAAAAGUUGUGGUGCUACCAUAAGUUUUACUUUCCAGAGCCAGAGGCACAUUGUUGGGUGAUAAAAUAGGCAAAUGUUUUGUUGUUGCAGCUGAGUCCCGAUGAUUCCCUGCAGCCUACUGGUCUGUUAAUCAUUCCUGCGUGGCGAGGGGCCUUGUCACUUUCAUUGUGGGAGGAAGUACAAAAUAACCAAGUGUCCGUUGACAGCAUAGCUUGGUGAAGUCGUGUACAUUUUAUCACUUGAAUCACAGUAGAGUGCUGCUUAUGAUCUUUAUUUAUAUUCACUUUUAAUGGUCAGAUAUGAAGCAGCACAUUCAGAUCAGACAUGGGAGCAGACAAAUCUACUUGUCUUCAUUCAGUCAUUUCUUCAUUCAACUGUGAUGUUUUCUCAUGGCUUUAUUUUUUUUGCCCCCCGCCCCCUUUUUCUACCCAAUUGUUCUUAGCCAAUCACCCCACUCUUUUGAGCCGUCCUGGUUGCUGCUCUGCCCCUUCUGUCGAUCCGGGGAAGGGCUGCAGACUACCACCUGCCUCCGCCGAUACAUGUGGAGUCACCAGCCGCUUCUUUUCACCUGACAGUGAGGAGUUUCACCAGGGGCUGACGUGGCAUGUGGGUCGGUGCUCCGCCCCCUCUGCUGAUCUGGGGAAGGGCUGCAGACUACCACCUGCCUCCGCCGAUACAUGUGGAGUCACCAGCCGCUUCUUUUCACCUGACAGUGAAGUUUCACCAGGGGGGGACAUGGCAUGUGGGUUGGUGCUCCGCCCCCUCUGCUGAUCUGGGGAAGGGCUGCAGACUACCACAUGCCUCCUCCGAUACAUGUGGAGUCGCCAGCCGCUUCUUUUCACCUGACAGUGAGGAGUUUCGCCAGGGGGGAUGUAGCGUGUGGGAGGAUCACGAUAUUCCCCCCAGCCCCCCCCCCCGAACAGGUGUCCCUGACCGACCGGAGGAGGUGCUAGUGCAGCGACCAGGACGCAUACCCACAUCCGGCUUCAGACACAGCAAUUUGUGUUUGUAGGGAUGCCCGACCAAGCUGGAGGUAACACUGGGAUCGUCGGUUCGAAUUCCCGUGUUGGGAGGCAUCGGAAUAGACCGCUACACUACCCAGACCCCUUCUCAUGACUUUUAAAAUAUACUGAAGACAAAUGUAGUCAGUACCAAAUGGUUACUUGAGUGAAUCCUUGUGCAGAUGGACUGGUGUUGUAUACAACGUGGGGAACUGUAGUCAAGAUCCGUUAUCUCGACUGCACAAACUUAGUGGCAGCAGUAUGAAGGCUGGCUUCACUUUUCAUCUGUUCACUACAUAUGCUGCUGUCUACUUCUCUUUCCUCUCAUCUGCUCAUCUUGUGCAUCCCACCACCCCGCUCUCCUGCUGCACAGCAUCUGCCCCAGAGCACAGGCAGACAUCCCUGCCUGCAGACCAAUGAAACGACACACCUUUCAUGCAUUACAAUCUUCUUUUUUUUUGUAUUCUCUUCACUAAUUAUUCAAUUCAGGUGAUGGUGCAGUUUACAUUGGUGGAAAUAUCAGAAAUAAAUGUUUUCACUACCCGAAAGUGCAUUUUUUCCUUUUAGACGUU